AUGACGGUCUCCGGGCUGACAGCCCCGGGGAGUAGUACGUAUUCAUCAGAUACGCUACAUGUGGGAGAUGGAACAUGGGAUUCAGAGCGCGAUGAUUUCUUGUUGCCCAAUCUCAUGGGUCUGAACUUCGAGACAAUGCAAUACAAUGGCAUGGGAAACCGGUUCAAAGAUAUGACUGGAUACAGAUCAAUGAUUAUCGCUCACGGCAUUAUCGCGGCAAUUGUUUUCUUGGGUCUGGUACCCACCUCAUCGCUCAUAAUCCGAUAUUACUCUCGAUGGAACCCAUUCUGGGCAUUCAAGCUUCAUGCAUGGUUUCAGGUCAUGACACUCCUCUUAUCGACGGUCGUCUUCGUGUUGGGAUGGUUCGCCGUGGGACCUAAGAGAAGUUUGACAAACCCGCACCAUGGAAUUGGUCUGGCAAUCUAUGUCAUGGUCAUUUUUCAGGUUCUGUGGGGAUACUUCGUACAUAAGGUGGAGAGGAAUAAGAUUCGAUCUCGCGUUCCCCUGAAGCUUGUGAUACAUCGGUGGAUGGGUCGUGCAUUGGUUCUACUGGGUAUUGCGCAAAUCCCGCUAGGCCUGACAUUAUACGGCUCUCCUAAGUUACUUUUCGUUCUCUUUGCGCUCGCUGUUUUCGCAUACUUUGUGGCGUAUUUUAUCCUCUCCUACUUGUAUGACGAUGAAGGAUAUCAUCCACCAACGGCAAGCCCCACCAAGGAGGAGGAGGGGGGGUUGGGACAAGCUCUUGCGGCAGGUGGUCUUGCAGCGGGUAUGGCCUCAAUCUUUCGACGUCGUGAGCGAGACCGGCACUCAAGUGGGGGAUAUGAGGAAUCCCGAACAUCUAUUUCAGAGGAAAAGUAUUCCGACGAAGCGUCUCGUAAAGAAAGUGGUGGUUGGGGUAAAAAGAUUCUCGAAAUCGGAGCCCUUGCUGGUGCUGGCUUUCUUGCGAAGAAAUGGUGGGAUCGUCGAAAGGAGCGUGAAGACGAUAGUGAGGCAGGAAGAUACACACCUGCUCAUUCGCGUCACGAUAGCUUCACUGAGGAUUCUCUUAGCCGACUAGAGGACGGCAGGCCCGAACCUUCUCACGUAACACCCCUCCAGCGACCUCCAAGCAGACCACCCAGCAGAACACAGAGUCCUGGCUCAUCAUACUAUUACAACAGCACCUAUCUUACCGAAGACCAAGAAAGACGUCCGUCCCGUGGUAUCAAAGAUGCGAUCCUAGGCGCAGGUGCAUUCGCAGGGUUGAAAAGGAUCUUCGGCGGUCGUCGUAAGAAAGAAGAAGAGGAACAGAGACGACUUGAUGAAAUCCGUGAGCAGGAAGAAGAAGAUGAGCAUCUACAGAGAAUGAACAGCAAGCGACGACCAACCACUGGCGCACCACCACCAGGAGCAGGACCUUAUCCAUCUCGACGCAGACCAAGCUCCUACACAGAAAGUGAUCUCACACCAACCGAUUUAGCCCCUCGUCCACCUCGCCACCCAUCUCGUGGAUCUCUACUUUCCGCUGAGCCUUUAGCCUCGGGUGCAAUUCCUCCUCUAGAGCCAUCGGAACUCACUCUUCUGCCUCCCAGGCCUCCAAUCCACCAUGAACUCUCAGCCGAUUCAAGAUCUGAGCUACCUUUCUCUCAUGAUGGUACCGGACUUGCUGCAGGAGCUGCUGCAGGCGCAGCGGCAGCAGCGGCAUCUGCCUCCACACGUCGCCGCAAUAGCGGUAGUCGUAGUCGUCGCAACAGUGGCAGUGGUAGUCGCGGCCGACAACGCGAGGACGAGGUCGUGUCACCACCAGUAUCCGUAAAGGUGAAGAUGGCCAACGACGGACGACACAUAACGCUCCGACGACUCACAGACGAAGAAGCAUCAGCAAGUCGCGAAGCACGCCGACGAGAACGACGAAACUCACGUCGUCGUGCUGGGAGUGCAGGAUCUCUAUCAGGUGACGAUGGAGACCGACACGCAGACCGAUGGCGUCGUGUUGAAGAGCUGGAGCGAGAACAAGAGCUACAGACAAGACGGGAACAAGCUGCUGCUAUGACUGCUAGUCGACCAUCUAUGGCUCCGUCGGGUAGUGCUGCUCCUUCGCCCAUGCCUGAAGAUUCUCAAGUUAGCUACAGGCCGCCUCCACCUCCUAUUCCCCACCCUGCUGCCUCUGGUAGUGUUCCAUAUGGAAGUGUGAUGUCUCCUGGAACAUAUACUGGUACCGAGGCUAGUGGAUCUUAUGCUAAUAAUCGUCGACGUCGACGUGCGGAGCGUGCUAGAGCUCGACAAGACAGACAGCAACAACAUGGUGUGGAAUUUGAGUGA